AUGGCAGCCACACUCGCAGGCGGCGCACCCUCGAAUCCAAUACCCAUUACCUCGCCUGCCAUGAGGUUGGAUGCGCCUGCACCGCCGCGGUUCGACCAUGCAAAGACGUCGGUAGCUACAGUGGGCGUCAUGUCGCCUGUCAAUCAAAACGGCUGCUUCGAGUUUGAUCGCAUCAUCAAGGCUGGCACGGUACAGAAACGCACACGCAAGACAAGAUCAUGGAGGCCCAUCUACGUCGUCCUGCGCCCCAACUGCCUCUCCAUUUACAAGGACAAGGACGAGACGAAGCUGCGCCACCAGAUCAACCUGUCCGAAAUCACCGCCGUCGCACGCCAACGAGACUCGAAGAAGAAAAUGGACCACGUCUUUGGCAUCUUCUCGCCCGCCCGCAACUACCACCUGUGUGCCGCCACCGACAAAGAAGCGCAGGAAUGGGUCGACCUGAUACGGGCUGAGGCGCGCAUGGACGAAGACGAAGUGGAGGACUUUAUGCCCUUGAGCCCAGCCACGAGCAAGCCUUUUGGGAGUCUAGGCCAGGCCAACUCCAAGAGAGAAGUCGGUUCGAGCUCGUCAGAGGCAGACCCAGCAGCCGCAGGACCAGCGCCAAUACCGCCGAGUGCCAAAGCCCCAGAUACUGCGUACGGUGCCCGUCGCCCAUCGCAAGUCCUCAACUACUCGGGCAACGAACGUGCAUCCAUGUCCGACUUUGACUUCUCCGACACUGGCUUCCAAGCCUCCGCCAGCUCGCUGCCCAAGAAGGAAAUCAAGCAAAAGCGCAACGUCAGCCAGCAGAGCAACAUUGGCUCCACACCGGAUGAAGAACGUGUAGUCUACAACGGCUGGCUCUACGUGCUCAAAUCCAAAGGCGGCGUCCGGCAGUGGAAAAAAGUCUGGCUCGUCCUUCGCCCCAAAUGCCUCGCGUUUUACAAGAACGAGCAAGAGUACUCGGCAAACGUCAUCAUCCCCUUUGCCAGCAUCAUCGACGCCGUGGACAUUGACCCGGUCUCGAAGAGCAAACAGUACUGCAUGCAAGUCAUAUCCGAGGACAAGAACUUUAAACUCUGCGCCCCGGACGAGAAUUCCCUCGCCCGCUGUCUGGGCGCGUUCAAGAGCCUGUUGGCCAAGAAGCGCGACGGCGAGCAGAAACGCGUCGUCUCUGGUCCCUCUGGUGUAACAGCGUCGUCGGCGGCGCAAAACCUGGGUGCCGCGGCUGUUACGUCGAAUUCGGCGUCUCCACCGCACUCUCAACUUCAGCCACAGCUUCAACUUCAACCUCAGGCUCUCAGUAUGAGGUGA